AUGAUUGUUCGCAAGAUCACCGCGACAAAGCUGCAGGCUGCGAGCUAUUUACUUGGAGUGGCACUCUUCUCCAUCUCGUUUCUCGUGUUCUUGAAUGCAUCCAUCUCGUUUGUUGUCACGGACGUCAUCGGCCGCAAGCAUGGUGUCGGCGAUGUAGUAGGAACACUAGGUUUCGCUGAUGAGCUUGUCGCGUUGGUCGCAUGCCCGCUCUGGGGCUUGCUGAGCGAUAAAAUAGGAGUCAGAAAUGUGGCUGUGAUCGGAUAUCUCAUCAUUGGCGCCAGUCUCAUGCUCCUGGUGCAAAGUCGCAAUGUAUACCCGCAGCUGCUGCUCGGUAGGAUGGCAUUCAGCAUUGGAGGCGCCGCCUGUUCUACCAUGGUCACCGCUAUUCUGCCUACUAUGACGGCCGAGCGAAAACAUACUCCCUCUUCGGAAGGCAGCCAACCACAUGGAGAAGGCCUUACUACGCCGGCAGAUUCUAGCGCUCGACACUCGGGUGCUUUCAGUAUUAGUAGCGAGGUCACAAUCACACCUGCACGCUACAUACAAAGACCGCCCAAUCUCAGACGCCGUUCGCAAAAGCGCCGCUUUACUACAGACCCGACCGCGCCAAAGAAGUCGGAUCUCAGUCAGCUUGCCGGCUAUGUGGGCAUGUUCACCGGAAUUGGCGCAUUGGUAGCCGUCGGUAUCUUCCUUCCACUUCCCGUCAACUUUUCUGGAAGAGGCGUCGCCCAGGCAGACGCUGUCAAAGACAGUUUUUAUGUCGUCGGAGGUGUGUCUAUCGUUGUUGCCGUACUAGUGGCUCUUACCCUUCGCGGACUUCCAGGUGAAGAGGACAAAGGCUUCAACAGACUCUUUUAUUCUGGAAGGAGCACCGAAGAACAUGAGACCAACGAAGCCGCGAACCUACAUCCUUUGCCAUCAUACUAUCAACUUGUCCGCGCCUCCAUCGUGCUUGGCUUCACCGACUCUCGGAUUGCUUUGGGAUAUCUAGGUGGCUUUGUUGCGAGAGCUUCUUCGGUCGGUAUAUCGUUAUUCAUCCCACUCUUCGUCAACGCCUACUUCAUUCGUGAAGGCCUCUGCUCCAACGACCCAAGCGAGGACAUAAAAUCCAGCUGCAAGCGCGCAUACACACUUGCAUCAAUGCUUACCGGAUUCUCACAAUUGACCGCUUUGCUGGCUGCACCUCUAUUCGGCUGGUUCAACGGCUACAUGAGCAAGAAGGGUCAGCUAUCAUACCUCCCUCUAGGCCUCGGUGCCAUUGCCGGCAUCAUUGGAUGUAUCUCAUUCGGGCUACUCGACAACCCUGACCCAUUCCAUGGAAAUGCUGGUGGCAAAGGUGCAAUCUUAGCCGUCAUUCUCCUCGGUUUCAGUCAAAUCUCAGCCAUCGUCUGCUCACUAGGUAUUCUAGCCAAGGGCAUACAAGCCUCCAAACCUGGAACCUCUGUCUCUCCGACUACAGAACCAGAUACCCUGCCUGAAGCACGCGAGCCUUCUACCGCAGCAACCUCCGCAGAAGAACCAACGGAGACAGCCCCAUUACUGCCUUCUGUCAACGAAGUCUCCGCGCCGCCUACUACAUCUAAUAUCGAUAGGAGCCAACUCAAAGGCACAAUCGCCGGUGUAUAUUCCUUAUCCGGUGGUAUCGGCAUUUUGCUUCUUACAAAACUCGGCGGAGUGCUAUUCGACAAGACCAGCACAGGCGCGCCAUUCUACAUGCUCGCGGCCUUUAACGCUGUUUUGCUUCUCGCAGUUGUUCUUGUUUUUAUCGUACAAAGAGUACGGAAAGUGACUGUCUCUGAUGCAUGA